UCGGGCUAGUCAAUAAACUCUGCGAUGGUGUCAUCCCCCUGCUGGUCCAGGUGCUGCUGCCACCCACUCCUCUCCUGCCAUCAUGCCUCUGCUUUAGCCCCGGCGGCUGCGCCUCUUCAGUGAUGAUGGCCUGACGGCGCUGUGGUUUCCUCUCCCCACCCGGUUUUUUUCUUUUUUCUUUUUUCUUUUUUUUGGAGGGGAGCUCGGAUCAUGGCCUUGGGGCUCCGCACGCUGCUGCUGCUUACCUCCAGCUGCGCCUUUAAGGACCAGCGAAAAAGAUGGGACUCAAGUCCAGGAAGGCAGCAGCUGCGGGGAACGCUGGUGGCGGGGAGCAAGAAGAGAAGAAAGUAGGACUCGCGGCUGCGGAUCUGGAGCAAGGUUCUUUGGCCUUGGGAGCUGGAGCAGAUAAAGAUGGGACCCUGCUGCUGGAAGGAGCCGGGAAGGAAGAUGGGGGGAAGAGGAAUCCGCAAGGGAUUGGGCUUUUGGCCAAAACACCUCUGAGCAGACCUGUCAAGAGGAACAAUGCCAAGUACAGGAGGAUCCAAACUUUAAUCUAUGAUGCCCUGGAGAGACCCAGAGGGUGGGCGCUGCUGUAUCAUGCCUUCGUAUUUCUGAUAGUUCUGGGGUGUUUGAUCUUAGCCGUCCUAACAACUUUCAAGGAAUAUGAAACUGUUUCAGGAGACUGGCUGCUGCUGUUGGAAACAUUUGCCAUUUUCAUCUUUGGAGCAGAGUUUGCCUUAAGAAUCUGGGCUGCUGGGUGUUGUUGUCGCUAUAAAGGAUGGAGAGGGAGGCUCAAAUUUGCCAGGAAGCCUUUGUGUAUGUUGGAUAUCUUUGUGUUGAUUGCCUCUGUGCCGGUGGUAGCUGUUGGGAACCAGGGCAAUGUUCUGGCGACGUCGCUCAGAAGUCUGCGCUUCCUUCAGAUCCUGCGGAUGCUCCGAAUGGACAGGAGGGGAGGCACAUGGAAGCUUUUGGGAUCAGCUAUUUGUGCACAUAGCAAAGAGCUCAUCACUGCUUGGUACAUUGGGUUCCUGACCCUUAUCCUUUCCUCAUUCCUUGUUUACCUGGUCGAGAAAGAUGUGCCUGAAAAGGAUGCCCAUGGAGUCGAAAUGAAAGAAGAGUUUGAAACCUAUGCAGAUGCACUGUGGUGGGGGCUGAUUACCCUAGCAACAAUUGGCUACGGUGACAAGACCCCCAAAACUUGGGAGGGGCGGCUGAUAGCAGCCACAUUCUCUCUUAUUGGAGUUUCAUUUUUUGCUCUUCCUGCCGGCAUCUUGGGUUCAGGACUGGCUCUCAAAGUCCAGGAACAACAUCGUCAGAAACAUUUUGAGAAAAGAAGAAAGCCAGCGGCAGAACUUAUACAGGCUGCCUGGAGGUAUUAUGCUACUAACCCCAACAGGAUGGAUCUCGUUGCCACCUGGAGGUUUUAUGAAUCAAUUGUAUCGUUUCCAUAUUUCAGAAAAGAGCAAUUGGAUGGUACUGCCAGCCAAAAGCUGGGUCUCUUGGAUCGGGUUCGUGGUACCAAUACUAAAGGAAAGCUAUUUACCCCUCUGAACGUAGAUGCCAUUGAAGAAAGUCCUUCUAAAGAGCCUAAGAAUGUUGGCUUGAAUAAUAAGGAGCGUUUUCGCACUGCAUUCCGAAUGAAAGCGUACGCCUUUUGGCAAAGCUCAGAAGAUGCAGGAACAGGGGAUCCCAUGACUGAAGAUAGGGGUUACAGUAAUGAGUUCCUCAUGGAAGAUAUGAUCCCCACAUUGAAGGCAGCCAUCCGAGCUGUCAGAAUACUACAGUUUCGUCUCUAUAAAAAGAAAUUCAAGGAGACUUUGAGGCCUUAUGAUGUAAAGGAUGUGAUAGAGCAAUAUUCAGCAGGGCACCUUGAUAUGCUUUCCAGAAUAAAAUACCUUCAGGCAAGAGUAGAUAUGAUUUUUACCCCUGGACCUCCAUCUACUCCCAAGCGUAAGAAAUCCCAAAAGGGAGAAGCUUUUUCUUACCCUUCACAACAAUCUCCCAGAAAUGAUCAAUAUGUAGCCAAAGCAUCCACAGCAGAUACUGAAGACCAAAGUAUGAUGGGCAAAUUUGUUAAAGUUGAAAGACAGGUUCACGACAUGGGGAAGAAACUGGAUUUUCUAGUCGAUAUGCACAUGCAGCAUAUGGAGCAGCUGCAAGUACAAGUCACUGAGUUGUGUCCUUUGAAAGAAGCUGCCUCCCCAGCAGAAGAGAAGAGAGAGGAAAACAGAUACUCUGAAUUGAAAAGCAUAAUCUACAAAUACUCUGAGCCUUGCACUCAUGAAACUCCUUAUAACUUCCACCAGGUUCCAGUACAGAAAGUUGGUCCAUAUGGUUUCUUAGCACAGGAUCCAAUGAAUUAUUUGCUCCCUUUUUCAUUAGGUGGGCAAAACUCUGGCAAGUUGCAGGCCAUGCCUUCUUCGACUUCAUAUGCAGAAAGGCCAACAGUUUUGCCUAUACUCACAUUCAUAGACUCCCAAGUUAGGUACCAGUCCCAAGCGGACCUGCAGAGCCCCAAUUCCGACAGGAUAUCUCCUAGACAGAAAAGGAGCUUGACAAGAGACAGUGACACCCCAUUAUCCCUUCUUUCCGUCAACCAUGAGGAGCUUGAACGCUCCCUGAGUGGAUUCAGUAUCUCCCAAGACAAAGAAGACUUCCCUUUUGGUCCAAAUGGGGGAUCAACCUGGAUGAGAGAGAAACGCUACCUAGCAGAGGGCGAAACAGACACAGAUACUGACCCUUUUACACCAAGUGGCUCCAUGCCUCUGUCUUCAACAGGGGAUGGGAUUUCAGAUUCAAUAUGGACCCCUUCAAACAAGCCAGUUUAAAAAUGGUUGGGGGGGGGGGUGUCACUGGUUGGCUUCUCCGUGUAAUGUAAACAUACUUUGUAUAUCUCACUUACUGUACACCCAAAGCUUACUAGUUCAAAAGACCGAUGGCUGCAUAAGAUGCAUGUGGUAUUCGUAGUAAUCAUUCUGCACCAUUUCAUACAAUUUACUAAUGCCGUUUUUUUCAUGCUACCAAAACUAAGCAGCGUAGUUUUGAGCAUGGUUUGCAUGACUUUACACUAUAUAAAUGGUACAGCUAAUUUCUUCUGUGAUACAUAUCUAUCUGAUGUUCUUCAAUAUAAUGAGGGUUAGAGCAAUGCCAGGUGAGAGGUGAUGGUUCAUGCUACUUUUUUUAAACAGAGCAACAAAGUAAAAAUAGUUUUGGGAGCAAUGUUCUGAUGUGGAAGUGUGUAUAAAUUAUUUGCUCCAUACCAAUGCCCGUUUUCCAAUGCAAGUGAAUAAUUAUCUAUCCAGACUAGCCAGAAUCUUCCAAAAAUUUUAGCAGGGAAAAGGUCAGAUCAAAAUGUGUUACUGAUUUAACAUAAUUUCUGUAGCUGAAAGAUUUCUCAUGUCCCUGUCAUAUAAGUAUCUUUGUAUCAAAAGCAAUGUAAACCAGACAUUAGGGACAGUUUAACCUUUUGCAAAGCCAUUUGGGGGAAUUAGAAACAUGUAUUCCAUUAAUGCUAAUCACAAAUCUGAAUCCCCUUGGCUGCUGCUUUGAAAAUCUCCAUCGGAGAUUAUAAAACCACCACUAGUGUGACUACAAUCAAUCUUAUUGUGUAGAAAAUAGUUUGCUCAUUCUAUUUAUUUGUAAUAGGGCCAAACUUCCCACUAAGAUGAGUACAAAACUUCCAUCAGCUACAAAAGAAAGUGUGUUUAAUGUAGGGAACUCCUGGGUUUUACUGCUAGCUCUUUUACUGACUCAUGCCAUGUUGGGUAAGUCACUUAAUUUAUCUGUGCCUCAGUUUUCCCAUCUGUAAAAUGGGGAUGAUACUUCCCUACCUCACAUGGGGGGAGGCUCAAUUCACUGAUGUUUUUAAAGCGUUUUGAGACCCUCAGAUGUAAGGCACACUAGGCGUGCAAAGUACAACUACUCUAUUUAAUGGAAGUUCCACAUUCAGGAAGUUGGCAGGAAAUGGCCUAUUGUUUCUCAUGUAAACAGACUAAUCUAAAUAAAUGUAUGACAUGUUUAAUAGCAUAUUUCUAAACAAUGCCAUGACUAUGGACAGAUCCAUUCCCUGGCCCCAUCUAGGAAUCACAACUGGGCACAGCAGCUUUCUGAGAGGGAGUGGGGAAAGAAACUUUCCUAUCAGGCCACGGGGCAACAAUGGAACCACUGCUUGGAAGCUGUUCCAGCCUACCGGCUGAAGUCAUCACUACCAAGGGAAUAGUGGAACAGAGGAGCCAGGACGUAUACUCUAGACCUGGCCUGCUCAAGCACACCUUAUGUGCUGGGGCUUGGGAACUGCCGUGAUGCAGAGCUCCAAGCCGAGCAGGGGGUCGUGUACCAGAUGGGGCUCAUCACCAGAUCCUAAUGCCUUCGCUCCUUACAUAGUGGAGCCACACAGGCUCUGGCCCACAUCCUAAAAGGUACUUGUGCACCUAACUCCCAUUGAUUUCAGUGGAAGUUAGAAGCCUAAUGACCUUUGCGGGUCUGUGCCUGUGUUACUCCAUAUACACCUGCAAGGGGUUAGCAAUGGGAAUUGGUCCUGAGUAUCAGAGUGAUGACCAACAAGGACUACUGAGUUACUGCAAAUGAUAUCAAGAGGUUAUGCUUUAUCUUUCUGGAACCUGAUAGGAAACACAAUGACAGUGAGAUAUCACAGUGACUCCUGCUAGAUCUUGCCUGUUAAUAAGGAAGUUAAUGCUUGCCAUCACUGUAGUUGCACCUUAUCUUGUAAUGACAACCUGCCUCACUGCCCCAUGCCCUCCCCUUUACCCGCACAACUGAUUUGCCAACACAGGGCUACUGAGAGGUUGCAAUCACAGUACUGCAUUAUCGUCCGUAGACUAUAGGGACAGUGUCAGCUGGGUGACCUAACAGGUUGUAUCUAUCUAAUGAGUGACAGCCAUGAUUCUGUGUUUUCCACAAGGGGCUCCCUAGCGAUGUAUGCUAAGCUUUCAGGCCCACACGCUGAGGCGUUGUGCAGUCCUUCUUCAAGCAAAGCUCUUCCUUGCUUUUCCGUGGAUGUCUGAUCAAGUAAGAACAGAGUGAAACCUAAGGUGUAGACGGUACAAUUUAGCAGAGCCAGGGGCAGUGUGGAGCUAACAUCCCCAAGGGGGAACGCAAGCAGGUAGCGAUGCUUUUCCUGGAGCCAAUGGCCAGGCAGAUCCAUGCACCUGCUUCUGCAUCCUUUCAUGGGGAGCAACUUCCUAUCCAUGCAGACAGCAAACCAGCUCUGCUGGCUGAUGCCUGGGAGAAGAGCUGGAGGUGCAGCACCCCUUCCCAUCACUGUGCUCUUCUCCUUCACUGUGCACCCCCAUGAGGACCAGACACCAUCUGACCCUUAACUUAGGGUCCUCAAGGUUGGGCCCACUGAAAGCUUUGCCUGAGUAAGGACUUAAGGAUUUGGCCCACGGAAGUUGCUGGUACUGCCCUGUAAUGAUAAAGCUUAGCACUGAUAGCACACAUGGCCCUGCAGCAGGCUAGUGAAAUACUUUGACCUGGUUGUCUAGUGUGCCCCCGCCGCAGGGUUUCACACAUGCAUGUUACACACAGCACUUCAGGGGAAAGUUUCCUUCUUGGUUUCUGCCCGGCUAUCAUUGUGUUUAUUUAUUGACACUUCAAAGAGUUGAUGGUAGCUCAUGAAAAUCAUUUUAUUUAGGAACCAUUCUGCUUGUGUGUUCGAUUUUUUUUUUUUUGGCCUUUUGUCUUUUCUCAUUCUUCACAACCAUUUAAAAGAAUAUAGGAUCUUUUUUCCUCAAGAGUUCAUCUGCUCCUGCUGCUGCUUCCUCCUCACCUGAAAUCAUAAUCCAUCACUUCUUCAGCUAGUGCAAAUUGUCUUACUUCCACUCGAAUCAAUGAAGUGGCAUCAUUUUAUCCCAGCUGCGGAUCUGUCCUGUUAAUGACUUCAGGUGACAAACUCACUGUGCGCUAGAUCCUCACCCACUGCAAAUUGGCCUACCUCUAUCGAAGUACAUGGAGCUGGGCCAAUGACGCCAGCUAAAGAGGGGGCUCGGUAUCUGCAGAUGUUCUGUUCUUAGGUUAAUGGCCGUAGUGACAUGAGGCCUGAUUUCUGUAGCCAUGUUGUGUACAGAACAGCUAUUGAUCUCAAUAGAUUUCUAUGUUUGGUUCCAUUAGAAGCCCCGCAUUAGAUACAUAGAGAAAAUAUCUCUCAGAGGUAUAACUGAUUUGAGUUAGGGCAUUUUCACAAGUUUUCUAGGCAGCAUCAAUGCUUCUUGGAAGUACCUGCUUUGAACUUAAACCUGUGCUUUACAUUACACAAGUGCAUGGUAGUGGAUUAGUCCCUUCUGUGUUAUGGUUGAAGGAAAAGCUCUGUCUCUGCUUAUAAUACUAUUUCAUGGAUCCAUGACAGAGCGAAAUCGUAUGUUAUUAGAUACAAGACAAAUACCCUUGAUUUCUCAGAGGUGCAAAGCAUCUGCAGCUCUUGUUGAAUUUGUGGAUACUCCGCCCCUUGGAAAAUCAGGCCCUUUGUAUCUAAAACUGGGCAACCAAAACUGAAGGCACCAAAAUUAAAGGCUGCUUUGGAAAAUGUGGUUCGGAAUGUAUCCAUUGACUGCAGCCAAUGCAGUGCACCUCUGCACCCCUUACCACCCUAUUUCAUCCCACUACCUUCAUGGGGGAAGGGAUAGCUCAGUGGUUUGAGCAUUGGCCUGCUAAACCCAGAGUUGAGGGAGCCAUUUAGGGAU